UUCCGUUUCGUCGGUUUCGUCAGUCGUAUUACGUUCACCAUGGCGGCAGUAUAGUCUUUAUCAUUCAUCAUUGUUAUUCUUCCCUAGUCAAUCUCACAUUCUGCUGCAGUGCCAGUGACUGUGAAAAAAACACAACUUAAUCCGUGCACAUUAAUUCCAUUCCGUUUCUACCUUCCUUCCUCGCACGCAACUGCGCACAAAAUCGAUAAGGUUAAGCGUGUUUUCCAGUUGGGGAGAAAGUGUACACAUAUUUCAAUCCGAUUUAGAGUCUCUCUCUCUUUUUCUCGCUUCCUCUUCCUCCACUUUCCUUCUUCAGUCGUUAUUUCUCAAUCUUGAUGUCUCGCAUCUAAACAUUCCAAAGCUCAACGGUCGAUUAUACCUGGUGUCCGGAACGCGACGAUGAACAACGAUAAGAAACGUGACGUAAUCAGAGUUGGAUCUCGCAAAAGCGAGUUAGCCUUGAUACAAACUAAACACGUGAUACAAUGUCUGAAAGAGAUUCAUCCAAAAAAAGAUUUUGAAAUAGUAACAAUGAGUACCAAAGGAGAUAAGAUUUUGGACAAGUCUUUACCGAAGAUCGGAGAAAAGUCCUUGUUUACUGAGGAGUUAGAAUUAGCUUUGGAAGACGGUCGUGUGGAUUUUGUGGUACAUUCAUUAAAAGAUUUACCAACAACUCUGCCGUUAGCAAUGGCUCUAGGCGCAAUAUUAAAACGUGAGGACCCACGCGACGCGGUAGUCAUGUCGAAGAAAUUCAAAGACAAAACGUUAUCCUCAUUGCCCAAAGGCAGUGUCAUAGGUACUAGUUCUUUGCGUCGAUCCGCGCAAUUAUCAAGGAACAUGCCGCAUUUAAAAAUAGAGAACAUUCGUGGUAAUUUGAACACUAGGUUAAAGAAAUUAGAUGAUGAAAAUGGCCCCUAUGCUGCGAUAAUAUUAGCUGCCGCUGGUUUAAAAAGGAUGGGUUGGGAAGACAGAAUAAGCCAGCUUUUGGAACCCGAAGAAGCUCUUUAUGCUGUUGGGCAGGGUGCAUUGGGUGUCGAAUGUCGACAGUCAGAUUGGGAAAUACGUUCUCUUUUGGAACCAUUGUUUGAUUUAGAAACCACAUUAAGAUGCGUAUGCGAACGUUCAUUUCUGAAAACUCUUGGCGGUGGAUGCUCUGCUCCAGUCGCAGUGUCUUCCUCUUUGAAAGAAAACGAGUUGACGAUUACCGGUGCUGUAUGGUCCCUAGAUGGUCAAACUUUGAUUACAGAUACCAUCAAAAAGAAAUUGUAUUUACCCAAUGAUGAUGGUGAGCCUCCUCGGAAAUGUCCAUAUCAGGAACCUCGCCUUUAUUGUAGCGUUGUUCCUAGUAACAUAAGCAGCAUAAGUCUUCUUGGUGCAGAACAGAUUGGUAAAGAUUUGGCUAAUAGUCUUAUAAAGAAAAAUGCUGUCGCUAUAAUGUCGCAAGCUAGAAGUGAAAUCUUAGAUUCGAAAUAAUUAUAUCAAAUAUAUUUGGUUUUUGGUUGCAGAUAUGAAUGUAGAGAAUGUGUAUAUUAAUGUAAAAUGACAAUUGUCAAUAAUUCCCCCGAUUAUGAUAUCAUAUGACAUAAUUUACUCAUUGCACAUUUUUCCUUGUAUAUGCUCAAAGUGAAAAACUAUUAGAGUAAAAAUCGUGUUUUUUUUAUUAUUGCUUUUCUGAAAUUUGCUUUCACAGAUGUUGUACACAUAUAAUUUAUUCUAUUCAAUGUGAAUGAAAAAAAGUACAAAGUAACUGUAAUUAUAAUAGUUAAAAAUAUUGAAAAUCAUAUAUGUACUUGUAAUCAUAUAUGAUUACAAGUUAUAAAAUUCUUAUAUUAUACUUCUGUUUUAAUGAAUUGUACAUUAUUGUUGUACGUAUUGUAUUUAUUGUUAUAUAAAACUCAAAAUUAUUGUUGACGAAGAAAAUAUUACAUAGAAAUUUUAUUAUUGAAAAUAAUAGUCUAUUACAAAACACUGCCAUGUAUAAAUCAGUAAUAAUCAAUGUAACAUAAUCCCGUUAAAAUUAAACAGAUAAUCAAGUUUUGUACAUGCACAAUUUGUGAAUAUCGUGUAAUUCGUAAAUAUAUAUAUAUAAUUCUGUUGAAUUUUUGAGGUAUUUUAUUUUAAGACAAUAACUCAAUUUUUAUUUUACAUAUUUUUUUUAAAUAUUAACAUCAUAUAUAUAAAAUUAUACAAGGUUCAAACAAGAUUGUGUAAUUUUCUUGUUUAUUUGAUUUUCUAUUAUUUAUAUAUGUGCCGAUCUAUAUUUGAAGAUGUCUAAUGUAAAAUAUAUGUAUAUAGACAGACCUUUAUAAAAUGUAGAUAUAAUUACAUGUGGGAAUUAUUAAGCUUAUAAAAAAAAUCAUAUAUAACAUUAUAUCUAAAUAAAGAAGUUUUAUAUUUUA